GAGUCAUUUUCUUCUGUUUUGAAAGUUGGGAAGAUGAAGUUCAGCAGUUUGGAUACAGCACUGAUGGACAGUUCACUGCGAGUAGCCAUGUUCUAGAAGCCCUUCUGAGCUUGGCCAAUCACUAGCAUUUCUUUCCUUAGCAAAAUCAGAUUUAUUAUGAAAAUAUCUUCCCAUUAUCUGAAAGAAAGGGUCUGUUAUCAUUCAGAGGGUCCUGCUAUGUUAGGUCAAUUCCCUGAUGUCGGUUCAGCCAGCUAAGCCAAAUGCUUACACCCAUGUAGGGAAGACGAGCAGGUCUGCUAAAACACGAUGCUUGAGUGCACGAACAUCAUCCUGGCCGAGCGCCAAACUAAAACAUCGGCCCUUUGAACAUGGAACAGAGCUGAUAGUUUUUGGUAGGGUAUCAGGCAUUUUUGUUUUUCUUUUCUCAUUGUCAGAUUGUUUAAUGCUGAUGGUACGAGAGAGCUCCUAGGUUUUGUGGCGUCACUCCAAAUAGCUCUAACAUGGCAAAAUGGCGUCACCAAAUGAGUGACCAGGUUUAUGAAGAUUAUGACUGCAUGUUGAACCAGACAAACAUUGGGCAAAACAACAACAAGUUUUAUAUUAUCCAAGUCCUGCACAACCUAGGAAACAGUUAUUACACAUGGAACAGAUGGGGCCGAGUGGGUGAAAGCGGUAUGAACAAGUUAACAGGACCGAUGGAUGUAGACUGCGCCAUCAAGGAUUUCAAAAAGAAAUUUCAAGACAAGACGAAGAACAAAUGGGAAACAAAAGACAAGUUUGAACCUGUGCCAGGAAAAUACACUCUGAUAGAAAUGGAUGCAGGAGAUGAUGAUGUUGACGCCGGUCCCUCCAAAGUGACAAUUACUUCUGCUGAUGGACAAAAAACAGCUAAAUGCAGGCUUGACAAACCCACUCAAGAUUUGGUAAAGAUGAUCUUUGACAAUGACAUGUUCAAAGAUGCCAUGGCAACCCUCAACAUAGAUGUGAAGAAAAUGCCUCUUGGGAAGCUGAGCAAGUCUCAAAUAGCUAAAGGAUUUGAGGUUUUGGAGGAAAUAGAGGCAGCUGUUAAGGGCAACAAACCAGUAAGCACUCUGAAUACUCUCUCAUCCAAGUUUUACACUCUGAUUCCUCAUGCCUUUGGGAGAACUGUGCCUCCAGCAAUCAAGGACUUGGAAACGGUGCGACAAAAGAUGGACAUGCUCCUGGUUCUGGGAGAUAUUGAGUUGACCUUAAGUUUGCAGAAAGAUCAAGACAAGCAGUCAGCUGCAAAGACAGGGGAUGAAGCGCCCCACCCACUGGAUUCGCAGUACAACCUGCUAAAGUGUGGCCUAGAGCAUGUAAAACCCCAAGCCAAAGACUACCAGGUCAUAAACAAUUACCUGAAUGCCACCAAAGGAUUCAACAGAGGUACACAAAUCCUGGAUGUGUGGAAAGUUAACAGAGAUGGGGAGGCUGGACGCUUCGCUAGCCAUGAUACCAUCAAAAACAGGAAGCUCCUGUGGCAUGGGACAAAUGUUGCUGUAGUGGCAGCCAUCUUGAAAAGUGGACUAAGGAUCAUGCCCCACAGUGGAGGCAGAGUCGGGAAGGGCAUAUACUUUGCAUCGGAGAAUGGAAAAUCAGCCGGAUAUGUGGGAACCACUAGUGAUGGUAUUGGGGUCAUGUUUCUAAAUGAGGUAGCCCUAGGAAAGGAGAAAGACCUGUUACAUGAUGACCAUACUCUGACAUCACCACCUAAUGGAUAUGACAGUAUUGUCGCCCGAGGGAGAACUGAACCAGAUCCUAAAUUUGAUACGACCAUAAAACUUGAUGGGAAGCCUAUCACUGUUCCUCAAGGAAAACCUAUAUCAACAAAAUUUUCGGGAAGUUUUAGUCAAAGUGAAUACCUCGUUUACAGAGAGGACCAGUGCCGCAUUCGUUACCUUCUUAAGAUGAAGUUUUAGUUGUACCCUGGGCCUGCUGCUGAAUGAAUCUGCUACAGAAGAUAAAACACAAUGUUACAGAAAAAUGUCAUUACCAAUUUUUAUACUCAUAGUUGACAUUUUACCGUACGUUAAGUGGCUAUGCAGGUUACCUGUCAGGCAAACUUCAUGCUGUGUAAUCUUUCUGUAAGGUUAACAGGCUAUAUUUACUCUGACCCAGUCCUAUUAAGCUACUUUUUAAGACGUGUUAACUAUGUUUAGGCAAACAUUUUAGUAUAGUUUGUAUGAAACUUGUAUUUCAUAGAACAUUUUAUGUUUAUGAGAACAUGUAUUUAUAUCAUGUUUAGGUUUGUUUCAGGUUUUUAUGCAUUUUUGGACAUUUUUAUUGUUCAUAGUUUUACUGCCAUAUUUAUACACUUUAUGAGUGUGAGAAAAACACGUAUGUUAUACGGAGUCAGGUAAAUAUUAUGGUAUAUUUAGUGCUCAUGAGUUGUAAGGAAGAAUCAAUUCUUCCCAGAUGUAGACUUUAUUCAGUGAUUAACCUACAAGUGAUAAAGCAGCGUAAACCAAACAUAAUGUACUGAUGUGCCUUCGGCUGACUUAAAUGGUAGCACACAUGCAGGAGGUUUUGAUGGUUCGUUUUAGUGGAAAAUUCGUUAUUAAAUUAAAAAGUUAUUAAAUAUACAACUCUAACAUAAAAACAACUAUUGGUGCAUGAGCAUUUGUAUUUGCAGGCUAUAUAUUUGUGAUGACCAUACUUGUAUUGUGAAAUCUGACCACAUGUUGUUGUUGUGAAGCAGAAUGUAUUUAUAUCAUGCAUUAACGAGAGCAAAAUUUAGUCCGUUUUAAAUGUUUUUGUGUGUUUUUGUAUUGGUCCUGACUGAUAAGUGGUUUUAGUUGUAGUAUAGCUACAUCUGAUUAUACAUCUAUGAUUUUAGAAACAUUAAUGAAUCAAUCUAUUUACUGAGUAGAUUCUAGUUUUAUAUGCAUCUGUUUAUUGGUACCAUUGUAUACCAAGGUUGAACUUUGUUGAUGUAAUGUACUUAUUGACUGAGAAAGCUUUCAGUGGAGAAUCUUACUCUGCAUAUUCUUCGUCGGCGUACAUGUAUACACACGCACCUGUGCUUUAGACCUCAUCUGUCACAUUUGUUGUUUUUCCUGUUAAUGACUUUUGAUAAUGUUUAAUGUGUGUCGAUUCCAUGCUAGGUCUCAAAGAUAACCUUGCAUGGAGAGACAUACCUGUUUAUCAUAUUUUGCAACUUCUAGAUAAAUCAGUGAUUUCUCUACAUAGAGUUUUAUAAUCAUGUGUUUGUUCAAAUAUAUAUGUCACCAUAGUUGACCAACAUUUAUCAUGUUGACAAUACUGAUAUAUAACAGAUAGUGAUUCACUCCUAGUGUGUUCAAUUAAAUGUUUUCGUGUGGAAUACGUAGUUCGCUGUUGUCCUUAAAGUGU